AAUAGAUAAACGAAGCCCAAAGUAGAGCAGAAGCAGAACCACAAAAUCAAUUUACAUUCUGUAUUUCUGUUCAGUUUACGAAAACCAAGAAAUUUAACCCGCAAAAUUGUAGAGUAGCUUCAGUUUGGUCGUUGUAUUUCUGCAAUUUCAAACGCCUUUAAUUUGGUCGUUGCUUCAGUUUCAAGGCAUGAUGAGGUCUGCAGGGUAUAGUGUCGUAACUUCGUGUGCUCCUGUACUUUGUUUAGUCACUCAAACUCGGCCCCGGUUUUCAUCGAAUUUAGUACUUGGAAAUUCAACAUCAUCAAAGAGAUUAUACUGUUGUGGCCAAGGCCACACAUUACAUAAAGGAUCAUCAAUGGUUGUGGCACGCUACCCUCCUCCCCUUUUCAGUGUCGCACCAAUGAUGGAGUGGACAGACAAUCACUAUAGGGUGCUAGCACGAAUCAUAUCAAAAAAUGCUUGGCUUUACACGGAGAUGCUUGCUGCAGAAACAAUAGUUUAUCAGAAGGGCAAUCUGGACAGGUUUUUGGAAUUUACUCCAGAGCAACAUCCUAUAGCUCUUCAAAUUGGUGGGAAUAACUUGGAGAAUAUUGCAAAAGCAACCCAACUUGCUAACGCUUAUGGCUAUGAUGAAAUUAACUUAAAUUGUGGAUGCCCUAGCCCUAGGGUUGUUGGACAUGGAUGUUUUGGCGUGCGCCUGAUGCUUGAUCCUAAGUUUGUCGGUGAGGCCAUGUCAGUUAUUGCUGCCAAUACAGAUGUUCCUGUGACUGUCAAAUGCCGCAUUGGUGUUGAUGAUCAAGAUUCUUAUAAUGAGCUGUGCGAUUUCAUUUAUAAAGUAUCUUCGACAUCUCCUACCAAGCACUUUAUCAUACAUUCGCGGAAAGCACUUCUCAAUGGCAUUAGCCCAGCUGAAAAUCGAUCAAUUCCACCACUCAGAUAUGAAUUCUACUAUGCUCUAGUACGUGACUUUCCUGACUUGAAGUUUACAAUAAAUGGAGGCAUAAAUUCAAUUGAAGAGGUGAACGGAGCACUGAAAAAAGGAGCUCAUGGUGUAAUGGUUGGGCGUGCUGCCUAUAAUAAUACAUGGCAAUUGUUGAGAGACGUUGACACUGAAGUCUAUGGUGAUCCUCCAUCCGAUCUUACACGUCGUCAGGUUUUGAAGGAGUAUCAAGAAUAUGCAGAUUCCGCGCUUGGCAAACAUGGCAAUAACAGACCAAAUGUUCGGGAUUUGGUCAAGCCUUUGUUGAACCUUUUUCAUUCCGAGCCUAGAAAUGCUGUCUGGAAGCGCAAUGUGGAUGCUGCAUUUUUCCAUUGCACGACAGUUAAACAGCUCCUUGAGGAGACAUUGCCCAUUAUUCCAGACUACGUCCUUGAUUCACCUGCUGCUAGGGUGCCACCCAGCCGUGGAGAUAUAUUUGCAAAUGUGGAUGAUCUCAUGCCUCCCCCAUAUGAAUCAAGUGAACUGGAGCUACAAUAUGCUUAGUUUGUCGUAGGUUGAGUUCUUAUAGAUGAUAGCUACCAUUAAAUUAGUAUACACAGUAUAUUCAUCAUUCUUUGGAAUAUGAUCUAUGUCCUUAGACCCUAGUGAUAGAAUGUACUCUAUUUUUUGCACCAAACAAAGAAUUUUAACAGUGUAAUUUGGAUAUGAAGAAAAUGGUAAUGCAAAUGCAAUCACCUUCUUCACUCUAUUUUUUCUUUUAUUAUCUUUCUUGUUAAUUUACACUAUGAAUUUUGUGA